AGGUGAGAUUGUUACUGGAAGAUAGGAGCAAAGGUGGGAUUAUUAGAUUUCAUUUUCCUUUUUUUAUUUAAGCUUUUAUAUUUAACUUGUUUAGGGUGUUUAAGUGUUUUUUUAUUCAUUUGUUUCUCUAUUGAACCUUUUUUUUUAUAUACAGAAAAUGACUGUACCGAGUUGGAACCUCUCAUAGGUUCUUCCGACCCAUGUUAGCGCUAGGCUCCUCUAUUAAAACUUGGAAGACAUGAUUUGGGUCACGCACGAAUUACACUCCAAUGGAUAACACACUUCCAAUGUGCUUGACAAUUAUCGCAUUGGAAGAGCUAAAGAGACUUCUUACACCAAUUGAGAGAUUGCCUCUAAGCACUCUAUUGCAACAAUUGGGUUGUACUUUAAACAAGUACUGGAAGCAAUGGUUCAUUUGUCUACCGAGAUCAUGAGACCAUACCAAAGUUUGACCGUGGUGCCAAAAAAAAAAGGUGACAACACAAAAUAUUGGCCAUAUUUCAAGGAUUGUGUUGGAGCAUUGGAUGAGACUCAUAUAAAUGCAGUUGUAAGCGAUGAUGAUGGUGUGGCACACCGAGGGCGUAAAGGAAAAAAAACAUGGAAUGUUUUGGCUGCUUGUUCCUUUGAUAGGCUUUUCACGUUUAUCAACGUUGGAUUUGAAGGUAGUGCUCAUGAUAUUACUGUAUGGAACCAUUGCUUAACUGUACCAGAAUUUCGAUUUCCCCAUCCACCUCCAGGAAAAUAUUAUCUAGUAGAUUCUGGAUAUCCGAAUACCGUUGGAUAUUUGAGUCCAAUAAAAGAAAAAGAUAUUAGAACCCAUUUGCCUGAAUUUCGAAAUGGUCCACCACCACAAGGCAUGCUUGAACUUUUUAAUUAUCUUCACUCUUCACUUCGAACAACGAUCGAGAGAUGUUUUGGAAAAUUAAAAGGUCGAUGGAAAAUAUUGACAAUGAUGCCACAAAUGGACACUAAACAUCAAUUGACAAUUAUGGUUGCUACAUUCACACUUCACAAUUUUAUUCGAUUACAUGAGUUGGAUAUACCCAUUGAUAGUGGUAUAGAAAUCGAACCAAGAGCAGAUUAUGAUUUGUUUAACGAGAAUCGUAAAGCUGUAAUGAAAGAAGUACAACUUAAUAUAGCGAAUGAAAUUUGGAACGUCUUGAAAUGA